ACUAGAAUUAUUUCACGUAGUAGUAAUCGAAAAAAACAUAUAUUGGUUAUAACAUAAAAUAUUUAAAUUAUAAGUCGUCAAAUAUGAUUGGUGUAUUUAUUGUAUAGCAAGACCUGAAAAUAUAUACAAGUGUUAGUACCUAAUAUAUGCGGUAGCAUUGAUAAUCAUAUGUGAAACUGAAAAAAAUAGAUAUUAUGGAACAUCAAAAGACAAACACAGAAGAAAACUCAUACCAGUGUGAUGUGUGUGAUGAAUCAUUUGCUCGAAAUGUUGAUCUAACAGCACACUGUCAAACUCACACGGAAGAAAGACCAUACUUGUGUAACGUUUGUAGCAAAUCGUUUGCUCAUAGCAAUAAUUUGAUACGUUAUCAGCGAACGCACACUGGAGUGAAGCCAUACCAGUGUGAAGUGUGUGAUAAAUCGUUUGCUCAAAAUUCUUAUCUAACAAAACACCGUCAAACUCACACAGAAGAAAAGCCAUACCAGUGUGAUGUGUGCGAUAAAUUGUUUACUUAUAGAAAUAGUCUGAUACGUCAUCAGCAAACGCAUACUGGAGAGAAGCCAUAUCAGUGUGAUGUGUGUGAUAGAUCGUUUGUUCAAAAAUCUGAUCUAACAAAACACCGUCGAAUUCACACAGGAGAAAGACCAUACUCGUGUAACGUUUGUGGCAAAUCGUUUAAUCAAAAUGCUGAUCUAAUGAGACACCUCCGAACUCACAUAGGAGAAAAGCCACACAAGUGUGAUGUGUGCGAUAAAUCGUUCAUUCGGAAUGCUACUCUAACUCAACACCGUCGAACUCACACAGGAGAGAAGCCAUACCAGUGUGAUGUGUGCGAUAAAUCGUUUACUUAUAGAAAUAGUCUGAUACGUCAUCAGCAAACGUAUACUGGAGAGAAGCCAUAUCAGUGUGAUGUGUGUGAUAGAUCGUUUGCUCAAAAUUCUUAUCUAACAAAACACCGCCAAACUCACACAGAAGAAAAGCCAUACCAGUGUGAUGUGUGCGAUAAAUUGUUUACUUAUAGAAAUAGUCUGAUACGUCAUCAGCAAACGCAUACUGGAGAGAAGCCAUACCAGUGUGAAGUGUGUGAUAAAUCGUUUGCUCAAAAUGCUGAUCUAACGAGACACUAUCGAAUUCACACAGGAGAGAAGCCAUACCAGUGUGAAGUGUGUGAUAAAUCGUUUGCUCAAAAUGCUACUCUAACUCAACACCGACGAACUCACACAGGAGAAAAGCCAUACCAGUGUGAUGUGUGUGGUAAAUCAUUUGGUCGAAAUGAUAAUCUAACAAAACACCGCCGAACGCACACUGGAGAAAAGCCAUACCAGUGUGAUGUGUGUGGUAAAUCAUUUGGUCGAAAUGAUAAUCUAACAAAACACCGCCGAACGCACACUGGAGAAAAGCCAUACCAGUGUGAUGUAUGUGAAAAAUCGUUCACUCAGAAUAUUCAUCUAACAGCACAUCGUCAAACUCACAGGUAUGACUAUCGACUGCGAUGUGUUACGAUUACAGAAAAAUGUACUAUAACAAAUGAAUUUAUUUGUUAAUUUUAUAUUUUUGUUGGUGCAUCAGUUUAUAUCAGAGAUAACUUUUCAAACAAGUGUUCCACUGUAGUACCGAUACAACUUUGUAUAUAUGAAGAAACUAAAACACCAUUGGAAAUUAUAGUACGGUUAUUAUAAAAAAUGAA